AUGGGUAACUGUCAGUUCUGUUUACCGUGGGACGUAUUCAAGACGGAGGCACUGGUGCUGGCCGAGGUGAUGCCCAUGGCGCACGAGGCUCUGCACCGGGUGGAAGGCGCAAUGUUCCGUCCACUGGUGGCCACGUGCCUGCACCACGGCGCCACACCCAGAGCCUUCCUCGUGCUGGACGACCUGGUGGCCGCCGGCUAUCGACUGGCGGACGCAGAUCGACCUCUCGACUACCAGCACUGCGAGGUGGUGAUGCGAGCGUACGCGCGCCUCCAUGCUGGUACAUCCUACGCGCUCAGCAAGCUCCCCGACUGCGGUGCCCAACUCUAUGUCGAUUACUUCAGCGCUGGGGACAUGGAGUUUAUUCUGCGACCAAUGAUGCAAAGCACGUUUUCCGCUGUUGCCGAUUUCGUGAAGAGAAUUCCUAGCUAUGAACACUGUGCAGACAAGUAUAUGGAGCUCACAGAUACAUUACUACCACUGAUGAGAAAGACGUUGAAGAAAAAAGUACAAGAUACUAAGCUGAAGGUACUGGUUCAUGGUGACUGCUGGAAGAACAACAUGAUGUUCAAGUACUCAUCAGGGGAGAUUGUUGAUGUGCGGUUCGUCGAUUUUCAGAUGACACACGUGUCCAGCCCUGCCCGGGACCUGGCAUACUUCCUGUACGCGAACACUGAUCUGGGUGUGCACGAGCGCCUGCCUUCACUGCUGGAGACCUACCACUCACAGCUACAGGCGUCGCUGCGCGCGCUGGGGAUGACAGCUGCGGCGGACGCCUACCCGCUGGACGAACUGCUCAAGGACAUGGAGGACCUGAAGCAUUUCACACUUUACACUUCCACCUUCUGUGGUUUCGUGGUCUCCUCGGAGCGCGUCGGAGACAAAUUCUCGCGAGCUCUACAGGACUCCAAUUUUCAGCCAGACACAUUGUAUGGCGUGUAUGACAACGAAUACUCCCGACCAUAUAUGCAGUACAUCAUACGCCACUUCGAGAGUAAGGGGCUCCUGUGAAUCACACUGACUAUAUACUGUGAUACAGCACUAGAAUUGCAUAAUGACUUCAAUACUUUAUGCGCCAAAUUUUGCCACAGCACUACAACGUCUGCAAUGCAUGCAGAAUGAAAUAACUGUUAAUUUAACUUUCAACUCCUUGUGUAACUUGCUCCGUUCACCUUA